GUAUAAAUUCCGAUCCAAACCUGCGCCGCGCACGUUCUCUCCACCUCCCUUAAACCCUGCACCGUCCUCCGACGGCGGCGAAGCGAAGCGCCGAAUCGCAACCUAAAUUUAUGUUUCGAUCUUGACGAGGAGGCACAAUGAGGUUGGAAAAGUGCUGGUUCUGUUCCUCCACCGUUUACCCUGGCCAUGGUAUUCAGUUUGUUCGAAACGAUGCUAAGGUAUUCCGGUUUUGUAGAUCCAAAUGCCACAAGAACUUUAAGAUGAAGAGAAAUCCUCGGAAGGUAAAAUGGACCAAGGCCUAUAGGAGAUUGCAUGGGAAGGAUAUGACCCAGGAUUCGACUUUUGAAUUUGAGAGGAAGCGAAAUCGGCCAGAGAGGUAUGAUAGGAAUCUGGCAGAGAACACAUUAAAGGCCAUUAAGAAGAUAGACAAGGUUAGGGAAGAUAGGGCGGCCGGGCACCACACGCUCAGAAUGAAGGGCAAGAAAGCAAAGAAGCAGAGAGAGGAAGCGAAGGAGUUGGAGCAAGGAAUUUCCCUGGUCAAAGCUCCAUCAGUACUUCAAGAGGAGCCAUCUCUCACUUUGCCCAAGAUCAAGGUCAAGGUUUCUCAUCAAGAAUCUCAGGAAAACCGAGCUAUGGAAGAAUGAUUUCAUGGUCGGAACCAAUCUCAUAUACAUUUGUUUCAUCAUUAGAAUUGAGGUCAUCAAUUUUCCCCUCUUCUGUUCCUUGUAAGGGUGUUAUAAACUUAUCUGGUUUUGAGUUGAAAACUCCACUCUAUUUGUAUGUGAUGUUUAAUGAUUGUGACUUAUGACCAGUGCGGGUUGCUAGUUCUUUUCCUUUUUCA